AUGAUGAAAGAGGGCAGAACCAGGCCCUACCAUGGGGAAACAUCCUUAAAGUGCGCGGAAUCUCCGUUCAGCAAAGAGAUCAUGGAAGCUCCAUUGCCCAGCAGAUUCAAGAUGCCCACCUUUGAGAGAUACGAACGUUUGUCUGAUCCCAUUGAUCACCUGGAAAAUUUCAAAAUGUUAAUGCAGCUGCAAGGGGCUCCGGACGCCAUUAUGUGCCGAGCGUUUGCUACCACCCUUAAGGGUACCGCCAGAGACUGGUAUCGAACUCUUCGACCAGAAUCUGUUGGUUCCUUCCAAGGGAUGGAGCAAAUGUUCAUUGGCCACUUCCUCAGUAGCCGGAGAGUUGCCAAAACAACAGGCCAUCUAAUGAGUAUGGUGCAAGGGGACCGGGAGACUUUAAAGAACUUCAUGCACCGUUUCAACACAGCGACCCUAGAAAUCCGCAACUUGGAUAUGGGGGUAGCUUUGGCCCGCCCUGACAACGGCUCUCCAACCCGGAAGUUUCUUAUACUCCCUUGGGAAAAAACCUCCAGUGGACAUGGGGGAGUUAAUGAUUCGAGCAGAGAAAUAUAUAACCUGGAGGAGAUGAUGGACACGAGGGGAAAUCGUCUAGAACGGAAAAGGAGAAACAACGGCAGAGAAUCUGGAGACGCGUAUAGACCUACAAAAAGGCACAAAACUAGUGCGCUGCAAACAGGUCAAAAGAGUAGAGGACAUCAUAACAAGUUCUCCACCUACACACCUCUAAAUGUACCACGCUCAGAGUUGUUGAUGCAGAUCAAAAAGAAGGACUACGUCUCAUGGCCCGAACCUAUGUGA